AGAGAGAGAGAGAGGAGGGACACCGAGCUGCACUGAGCGCCUCCGUCUUCAGUUCACUGGAGCUCUCCUGCCAGACAGGACUCGGCCGUCCACCUUCACACACUCUCGAACACGUUCCCUCUCGCUGCACGACAACUGACAACACCUUUUUCAGAUUUUUCUCGGCAGGACCACAGGCUCUCGCUGCCAGAUCCGAGAGCGAGUGAAGAAACAGGCUCCAUUCGCGCCACACACACACAUGCAGAGACCCCAGCUCUGAGGAGGCUGGUUCGAGGCUGGAGACCGGUGACUCGAGAAUGGAAUGGAAUCUCGGAAGGAUGGAGAGUGAACUGAGGCACAUCAACCCGGACCUGCUGCAGCCCAGCAAGAGCUUCAAGAAACCCUCCUCCGGCACCAUCACCAUCAAUGUAGGGGGGUUCCUAUACACCGCCCACCGGACCACCCUUUCCAAGCACCAGGGGUCCUUUCUGGAAGAGUUGGCCAAUGGCAAGAAGGCGGUUCAGCACACCGACUCCAUGGGCAACCCGUUCAUCGAUAGAGACGGUCCGGUUUUUCGCCAUGUGCUCAACUACCUGCGAACUGGAGAGCUCCAGCUACCUGACGACUUCCGGGAGGCGGGGCUCCUGCGACGGGAGGCCAACUUUUACCACCUGAGCGAGCUGGUGGAGGCCGUGGUCGACUGGGAGAGUCAGAGGGCGGCCCAGCGGGAACCCGCCUUCUUGGAGGUGACGGACAGCCACGAGAGGUCGCAGGGCCUCAAGGUGUACUGCAGUGACCCCACCUUCAUCGACAAGGUCCAAGCGCGGCUGGUGCAGAUCUCCAAGAGCCGCCUGGACGGCUUUCCAGAAGAAUUCGUGGUGUCGUCCAACGUGAUCCAGUUCCGGUACUUCAUCAAGUCGGAGCCCGGCUCGCGCCUCGUCCUGAAGGAGGACAGCACAUUCCUGUGCACGCUUGACUGUCUGAAACUGGAGACGGUGAUGCUGGCACUGAGAUCGGGCUUCAAGCUGGUCACCAGCCUCGACAGCAGCAAAGGAUCGGUGGUGGCGGCUGAGGCCCUGCACUUCGUCAAGUAGGACGGGGGCAAACGGAGCGAGGAGGUGGAGAAGGGGAGGCAGAGAAAAAAAUCAAAGGGUAGUGCCUGAUUCCAUAUCCGCCCUGCUAACGUAAGGUUUUGGCUAGAAGUUCGUGCAACAUAUAAUGUGUCCUGGGGGGGUGGGGUGGGUGGGGGGGGGGGAGUGAAGGAGAACAGGAGGACUGGACUGUCUCACAGGACAUUGUUGACUUACUUACACAGGAUUUGACAUAUUGGCAUCAACCUUUGCACUGCUUUGUAAGCCAUAAUUGAUAGAAUCUAGAGUAACUCAGAUCAGCCUAGCAUUCAUGAUAUGGAAAUUGGAUGUGGCGAAAUAUCACAGGCAUAAGUACCACGCUGUAAUUUAGCCUUCCACGGAGAAGACGAAGGGAUCAAACAUCAACAGCUUUAUCGGUGGACUUGUCUCUGCACAAUAACUGCUUCUGCUGCUUUGUCAUCAGCCGCAAGGGCCUUCACAACCCAGCCGUGAUGUGCACUGUAGUGCCAUUCAGCUCUUACAACAGUCUGUGCGCGCCUGUGUGUGUAAGUGUGUGUGUAAGUGUGUGUGAGUGUGUUGCUAUACACUGUGUGAGCUGUGUUUACUUGGUUUAAUAACUUGUGUUUAGUUUAUUAGCCUAAAGGAGCCCGAAGGGCUGUGGCUGUUCUGGAUGGACGAAAGGAAAACCUCACAUCCAAAAUCCCACUGAGGCAACAUGAACCGUUUCUCUCUCACAACACGUCGCCGAGAUGAGUUCCAGUGCAAAGAGACCUGUGAUUAUUGUAAGGGCUUUGAAUCUAGCAUGAUGCAUGUGCACUAAAAUGAACGGUGUGUUUGUCAGUGCUGUGAGCCUCUCGACAAUGUCUACUACUUUUCAAUGUGAAUAUAUUUUACAAAUAAAUGUGAUACUGAAACCA